AUGACGCCCUCAACAAGCACACCAAAGAUCGUGGCCACGGCUCAGCAGUCUCGAUUUGACUCUGCUCUGACAGAUCCGACCAGUAUUUCCGAAUUGGAGCUGUUCACUGUCAACAUUGCCAUUGACCAGCUCGAAAUCUUGGUGGAUACCGAGAUCCGCUUCAAGGAUGGCAUCAAGUAUGCAUUGGUCGGACCGAAUGGUAGCGGCAAGUCCACUAUCCUUCGAGCCAUCGCGGACCGGCUAUUCGCGGGCACACCCGAAUCGCUACGAAUCGUUCUGAUCGACCAGAAUGCUGGUCUUGGCGAGAUUGAAAACACCCAAGCAGAGACUGUGCUACAGCACGUCGUCAAUGGUCACCGCGAACGAGCACGAGCUUUGCGCGAACUUGAUCUGCUGUCCCGUGCCGUCUCCUCUGCCGCAGGGUUCGGCGAAUACCAACAGGUCGUCCUAUCCCGGGCGACAGCAGAGCUCGAGCUGAGGAGGAGGAAUGCUACGCGGCGAUCAGGAGCCAGAGGCAAGGAGGCGAGGGCGGAGGAGAUCAAAGCGGAGGAGGCGCUGAAAGCGGCAGAGGAAGGGUGGGGAUCUGCGAUAUUAAGGCUGACUUCUAGGUUGCAUGGGCCUCCGACCGACGGCUGGGAGAUGACUGCCAAUGAGAUGUUAUUAGACGUCCAGAUGACAUUGGAAUUGCUCGGAUCCGAUACUCUGGAGCAAGAGGCUCGACGUAUCCUUCGCGGUCUAGGCUUCUCGAGCUCGCGCAUAGAAGGACCGGUCAAGGUUCUGUCCGGCGGGUGGAAAUCUCGCAUGGCACUCGCAGUGGGCCUCCUUGUGCCAAGUGAUCUGCUGCUAUUAGACGAGCCAUCAAACUUUAUGGAUCUCGAGACACUCAAGUUCCUGGAAUUACGGCUCUCUGAGCUCGAUCAAACCCUCGUGAUCACGUCCCAUGAUCAGGCGUUUCUCGACAACAUUGCCGAACGGACCGUGGUGUUGCGCCGCAAAAAGCUGCUCUACUUUGAAGGCACGCCUUCAUCGAUGCAGGACGCUGAGAUGAAGAAGCGUCUCAAUCGGAUCAAGACGCAAGCCGCGCUAGACAAGAAGAAGGAACAUGUGCAGCAAGGCAUCAUCGAUAGUCGACGGAGAGCCAAGGCGUCGGGAGAUGACAAGAGGAUGAAGACUGUCGUGUCGAAGCAGAAAAAACUCGACGAGCGCUGGGGAGAUGAACGAUCCGCCAACGGGUUCCGAUUCAAGCUCAAUCGAGAUUUCGCCGGUUACCACACGUCGAAUCGAGCCGAGGUGGUGAUUGAAGAACCAGACCCACCGGUCGUUCUCAAGUUGCCGUCACCGCCUGCCAUGCGUACCAAAGGAAGCCUGGUGCAUCUGGAUAAUCUCUGCGUCAAGUUCAAGGGGGCGUCGAAGCAGCUUUUCGCGGACGUCAACGUCACGGUUGAGCAGGGCGGGCGGUGUGCGUUUGUCGGCAAGAAUGGUCAAGGGAAGACCACACUGGCCAGGCUCAUUGUCGGCGACAUUGUUCCCUCGAUCGGUUCCGUCAUUCGACAUCCCACCAUGAAGAUGGAAUACUAUACGCAGCAUUCGGCCGACAAGCUGACCGAGUCUGGUGAGGACACACCCCUCGCCUGGUUCAUGGCCAAGGUGGGGCAAGUCUCGGAAGGCGAGGCUCGCUCCUUUUUAGGCUCUUGGGGACUGCAUGGACAGAAUGCGAGUCGGACGUUGAUAUCGGCGCUUUCCGGUGGCCAAAAGGUCAGACUGGCCCUGGCAGCUUUGGUCUUCACCCCUCCAGAUUUAUUGGUACUGGACGAAGUCACGACGCACUUGGAUGCGGGCACCAUUCGCGCAUUGGCCAUCGCGCUCAGGAGUUUCAGCGGCGCCAUCAUUCUCAUCACCCACGAUCGUUGGUUCAGCAAGGUCGUCGUCGAGGGGAUGGAGAUUGAGGAGGGAGAUGAGGCGGCGCCGACGGGCCAGACGUUUUUGGUGGAAAAGGGGACUGUCAGAUUAGUCGCUGGCAUGAAGAAGCGUGCAAAGAGGUUAUAG